AUGGGCUCCGACGAUAUCGAGAGAGGCUCCAAAUUGGCUGCCGAGUUCCACGCCGAGCCGGACAAGGGCGCCGUCGAGGUCGGUCGUGAGAACAUUCACCAUGCCAUUCGGCCUCAUGAGAGCUACGAAGGUGGACAUCGGUUCGACCCGUACGCCACGUGGUCCGCCGCCGAGGAGAAGAGAGUUGUCCGCAAGACCGACAUAAGACUCCUCGGCUGGCUAUGUAUUAUGUUCUUUGGACUUCAAUUGGAUCGAGGAAACCUGUCCAAUGCGUUGGCUGAUAACUUUUUGGACGAUUUGAACAUCACGUCCGACGACUACAACAAUGGAAACACAAUCCAGCUCAUGUGCUUCCUGGGCGCAGAAUUCCCAGUGCAGUUUUUGACGAAGCGAUACGGUUUCAAGUUCAUCCUGCCGUCGAUGAUGAUUGCUUGGGGCAUGGUCUCAUGGGCUCAGUGCUUCAUUGUGAACCGCGCAGGUUUCUACGUCACUCGCGCCCUGAUUGGUCUUUGCGAGGGUGGAUUCAUCCCCGGUGCCAUUCUCAUGGCCACCUACUUUUACACCAGUAGGGAGCUCUCGACUCGCUUGGCUGCUUUCUGGUCGACCCUCAACAUUGCGCGUGUCAUCUCGGCUCUCCUGGCUGCCGGUAUUCUGGAGAUGCGAGGCAUUAGUGGCAGACCAGGCUGGUUCUGGCUCUUUUUGCUCGAGGGCCUUCUUACCGUGGUCCUGGGUAUUACGUCAAUCCUCUAUCUCCCUCUCUCGCCCACUCAGACAACGUCUGUUUUAUGCCCGCGUCCCUGGUACACUGAAAAGGAGGAAAUCAUCAUGAUCAACCGUGUUUUGCGAGACGAUCCCGCCAAGGGACUGACAGCCGUCAAGGAACCCGCUACCUGGAAGGACAUCAAGGCUGCUUGGUCGGACAAGUCCAUGUGGGGUCUCUACUUUAUCGGUCUCAUCGCCUAUAUCCCAGCGACUCCUGUUCAGGCGUAUCUCACCCUGACCCUCAAGCGCAUCGGAUUCUCGACGUUUGCCUCCAACAUGCUUACUGCCCCAUCUGCCGGUCUCCAGAUCAUCACCAUGCUGGCGUUGGCCUGGAGCAGCAACCACUUCAACGAGCGAGCCUUCCACUGCUUCAUCGGCGAGUUCUGGCUGCUGCCCAUUCUCACGGCCCUGCUCACGAUUCCCGACGGCGGCCGCGACUGGGCUCGUUUCUCGCUCAUCACGCUGGCGUCUGGCUACCCGUACUUCCACCCUCUGGUCGCCUCGUGGCUGUCGGAGAACUCUUUUGACGUCAAGAAGAGAGCCAUCACUGCGGCGACGUACAAUGUCAUUGUGCAGAUUGGAUCCGUGGUCGGUAACCAGAUUUACCGCAAGUGGGAUGCGCCAUACUACAAGACGGGCAACAAGGUGUGCGUCUCCAUUUGCGCGCUCAGCUUGCUCACCUUCUUGGCCCAGCGACAGUAUUUGAUUUACUUGAACAAGCAGAAGGAGAAGGUCUGGGGCCAGAUGUCACUCGAGGAGAGAGCCGCUUACCAGAACGACCAAGAAGCUCGCGAGAAGGAUGGAAACAAGCGUCUCGACUUCCGCUUCCAGUACUAG